UCUUCUCGAAGGCGCUCUUGGCAUUGUAUCAGCGGCUCAGAUUGGAACCAGCAUCAAUGUCCUCCCUUAGAACUGACAGACAGGCCAUUGCCGCGAAUACACCGCAGCUCCUCAAUGCGUCUGAACUACGAACGAACAUCACUCGGCCGGGAUGCAAGUUCCCACGACCGGAGGCGCCCGUCGCUGGAUUUCCCGCACUAUUCCUAUAGCCUGAACAUGGAUUUCCCGCGGCCGCUCGGCCUCGCUCGCUCUCAGACGAGCUGAGGACUUGACGAGGACCAGAACAGUUGUGGAGGAAAAGUAAUUUCCGAGGGGUAAAGGCAAGGCUAGAGAGGACGGCAGACCUUUGGCCUGUUACGACGACAUGCAGAUAAGUGGUCCACUUGAUCUUGCCACCGAUAAGGCAAAGAGACACUAUUUCUAUAGCCUGGAUAAUGUUUAAUGCAAACUUUUCCUCUGAAUAUAAUGCUUAAAAACAUUAUCCGGACUCAGGCACAUCCUCGACGGUGAGUCCACCUCCAAACAAAGCCAAUGGAAGCCAGCGCCUGCCAAUGAUCCUUCUCACCUGCCGAAGCUUUAGUCAUUCCUCUGGCAGUCGCUCGCAACCGCCUCGGCCUUCAGCACACCAACGCCGCCGCGGCCGCAGGACGCCACAGUAGCGCCUGCCGCCGCUAUGACAGGAUCUUCGCCGCUCCUCCUCGGCCUGCUCUGCCUUGCCGUGGCCCAGCGCGCCGCCGCGGCCCGGUUGGAUGGUACCUCGACGUCGUCAGGCCCGGGCACAGCGGCGGAGCUGAUGGAGGAGAUUCGCGCCCGCAUGAGCACCCAGUGGGACACCCUGCAGCACAUCCGCUACCAGGCGCUGACGAGCAAGAUGACGGUGGGCCGUCUGAGCGAGCGCGUCAAGCAGCUGGUCGCCGCCAUUGCCUCCCGAGAAGUGCCACCAUCGGGGCGGUCCUCGACGCCUGACGAGCCGUGCGACGAAGACAAGGGCGAGGAGGACGGCAUACCGGCCUUGGCGGAUGCUCUGGAGGAGCUCCUUCAGGCGUACACCAACUACGUAAACACGAGUACGGAAGGGGGGGACCCACGGAGCGUCCAAGAGGAUUUGGCGAAGAUUAAGGACGUGCUGGGGCAGCUGAGAGCUCUGGUCGGCCAGGCGUCGACCAGGACAUCUCGUAGCGUAGAAACAACCCCUGCGGAAGCCGAGCCAGUGGCGCGGCGCCGGGAGGUGCGGGCGGGCGACACGGCCGUGCUCCCGUGCCCCGUCGGCGCCGCCGGCCAGCCGGUCACGUGGGUCCACUCGCUGGCCAACCGCCUCGUGGCCCUGAACGGCGUGGUGGUCGUGGCCGACGCGCGCCUCGGGCUGGCCGAAGUGAACGGUUCGCCUGCCCUCGAGAUUUCAGACGUUCAGAAGAAGGACGAAGGCCUCUAUAAGUGCUUCUCGAGUGGGACGGUUUCCUAUGAACUCUUUGUUGUUGAACCCGUGCUGGAGGUGGGCGUCCCGGCCACGGCCGCCCGCUUCACGAACCAGACCCUCACCUGCGCCUACCGCGGGGGCGAGGGCGUCGCGCGGCUGGAGUGGCUCCUCGACGGCGCGCCCUUCUUCCAUUACAACCCUUUCCGAAAUGCACAAGUGAGCACCGUGUUCAACACUAACGUCGAAGUAAUCCGUGAGGCGUCGACACCACAGCGGCUGGUCCUCCGGGAGGUGGACGUCACGGCGGCGGGAGUCUACACGUGCCAGGUGCUGCUGGCGGCGUCCGGGCGGCUGCUGAGUGACUCGGCGGAAAUGGUGGUCGAGGGCGUGCAGGAGCCGGAGCGCGCCCGGCCGCCCCCCCUACGCAUCGAGAGCUACGGCGUCGUGGCGGCGACGGCCGGCGAGGAGGCCGCUCUCGGCUGCCGGGUCUUCCCCUCCGAGUCCGCCACGGUCUCCUGGAAGCGAUUGCGGGACCAGAAGCUCCUGUCGACCAACAACUACUCGUAUACAGGCGACGUCGAGCACAGAGUCCGGCACGAGGAAGGGUCGAGCGAGUGGCACCUGUGGCUCGCCCAGGUGGCCCCCGAGGACGACCGCUUCGAGUGCCGCGCCGUCGGCGUCUCCGGGGGAGAGGUCGCGGCCGUCGUGCGCCUCACGUUCGAAGCAGAGGAGGAAAAAGUGGGUGUGUCUGCUGUGCGCGUGCCCUCUCGCGCCACCCGCUUCACAGACCAGACGCUCACCUGCAGCUACAACCUUGGCGACAUGGGCCUCUAUGCUGUCAAGUGGUACCUCAACGACAGCGAAUUCUUUCGAUACUCAUCAGAGCGAGAUAUUGUUGUUUUCGGACAAGAUGUCCAGGUCAACAUCGAGGAAUCCGGUGCGAACAAGGUAGUUCUCCGUGAGGUGGAUUUCAGUGCCUCAGGAACUUACAGAUGUGAAGUGAUAUCAGACGCACCUUAUUUCAAGAUUUUCGUAGGAAGCUCCACAAUGACAGUUAUUGAGGAGGAAAAAGUGGGUGUGUCUGCUGUGCGCGUGCCCUCUCGCGCCACCCGCUUCACAGACCAGACGCUCACCUGCAGCUACAACCUUGGCGACAUGGGCCUCUAUGCUGUCAAGUGGUACCUCAACGACAGCGAAUUCUUCCGAUACUCAUCAGAGCGAGAUAUUGUUGUUUUCGGACAAGAUGUCCAGGUCAACAUCGAGGAAUCCGGUGCGAACAAGGUAGUUCUCCGUGAGGUGGAUUUCAGUGCCUCAGGAACUUACAGAUGUGAAGUGAUAUCAGACGCACCUUAUUUCAAGAUUUUCGUAGGAAGCUCCACAAUGACAGUUAUUG